UUUCUUUCCCCUAUAAAAGAGCAACGACGUGGAAGCGUUCUAGGGUUUCAUUUGCGCUCGAUUCUGCGACUGCCGCUUCUACGUCGUCUCGUCUCUAAUGGCCAAGCGCACGAAGAAGGUUGGCAUUGUCGGCAAGUAUGGAACGCGAUAUGGUGCCAGUCUGCGUAAGCAGAUUAAGAAAAUGGAGGUUACGCAGCAUAGCAAGUAUUUCUGCGAGUUCUGUGGCAAGUAUGCAGUGAAGAGGAAGUCCGUUGGUAUUUGGGGAUGCAAGGACUGCGGGAAGGUCAAAGCUGGUGGUGCCUACACCUUGAACACUGCAAGUGCUGUGACGGUUAGGAGCACCAUCCGAAGGCUGAGGGAGCAAACAGAGAGUUAGAGCGGCGGAUGGGAUUGUUUUACUCUGCUCAUGUCUCGUCUUAACCUGUGUGCACUAUAGGAAAACCUGAUGUGGUUGUUACUCUUCUAGUCUAUUUCCGGGAACUAAAUUCGAUGGAAGUGUCUUUGUUCGCAUGAAGGCAGGAUUUUGUUCGUGUUUUGAGUUUUGCUAAAUUAGUUUUGUUUUCUGGGUU